CACAGUAACUCAAGCUACCAGAAAUCCAACAACGCCCGCCAUUUCAACUCAUUACUCAUACCCCAACGGAAUUCUUCCCGCCGGUUAACCAAGAAAAACGAUGGCGUUCAACGAUUUUUUCGCCGGAGAAAUCGCAAUGGAACUUCUUAAACAGUUAAUCGCCAUCUCCCGCAAGUCCUGCCUCUGCAAAUCCAGUGCAGACAAUCUCAUAUCAAGCAUCCAAGUGCUCCUUCCCAUCAUCGACGAAAUCAAAUACUCCGGCGUCGAACUUCCCGCCCUCCGCCAAUCUCAGCUCGACCGUUUCUCCGAGACCCUACGUGGCGGCCUCGAAUUGGCCCGCAAAGUCCUCGCCUCUAGCCGUUGGAACGUCUACAAAAACCUCCAGCUAGCCAGGAAGAUGGAGAAGUUAGAGAAACAAGUUGAGAGGUUCGUAAGCGGACCGAUGCAAGCCCACUUGCUGGCCGACGUCCACCACAUGCGGUUCGAAACGGCGGAGCGGUUUGAUCGGUUGGAAGGCCGGUUGGAGCAGCGGCUCAGUUCGAUGAAGAUUGGAGCUGGAGGGUGGGUCGAAGAAGCUGUUAAGAGAAUGGAAGUUGAAGAUGAAGCUAGUGUGGGGAUUGUAGCCGGAGUUGGUUUGGAUUUAGCGAAAAACAACGUUAAAAAAUUGGUGAUCGGAAGAGAUGAUUUAAACGUUGUUGGAAUUUGGGGUAUUGGAGGAUCUGGCAAAACCACUUUGGCUAAUGAAAUUUGUAGAGAUAAUCAAGUUCGAAGUUACUUCAACAACAGGAUUUUGUUUCUAACUGUUUCACAAUCACCGGAUCUGGCACAACUGAGGGAAAAAAUCUGGGGAUUCAUUACGGGAAACGAGGCCAUGGGUUACAGUAAUAACUCGUUUGUUCCACCAGGGAAGCUACAGUGUGAGUGGGGAACUGGACCUCGAACUCUGGUUGUUUUAGAUGAUGUCUGGUCGUCGUCAGUUCUAGAACAAUUGAUUUUCAAGAUACCAUCUUAUAAAACUCUGGUAGUUUCGAGAUUCAAGUUCCCAACAAAAGUUGUUGGUGAAGUUUAUCAAGUUCAAUUGUUGAGAGACGAUGAAUCGAUGUCACUGUUUUGCCACUCUGCUUUCGGUCAAAAAUCGAUUCCUCCCACAGCCAAUGAGACAUUAGUGAAGCAGAUUGUUAAUGAAUGUAAAGGACUUCCAUUGGCACUUAAAGUGAUUGGAGCUUCAUUGCGAGACCAGCCUGAGAUGUAUUGGGUUAGUGCAAAGAAAAGGUUAACUCGAGGUGAACCGAUUUGCGAAUCUCACGAAAACAAGUUGCUUGAACGAAUGGCAAUCAGUGUCGAUUACUUGAACAAGAAGGUCAAGGAAUGUUUCUUGGAUUUGGGAUCAUUUCCUGAAGAUAAGAAAAUCCCCCUCGAUGUUCUCAUCAAUAUUUGGGUAGAAAGUCAUGGCAUCGAUGAGGAAGACACCUUCGCCAUCCUCGUUGAGCUUUCGGAUAAGAACUUACUCACUUUGGUGAAAGAUGCAAGGUCCGGGGAUGCUUAUAGCAGUUACCAUGAAAUCUAUGUUACUCAACACGAUGUGUUGAGGGACCUCGCUCUUCAUCUAAGCAAUCACCCGGAUGUGAAUGAACGAAAGCGAUUACUUAUGCCAAGAAGAGAUACCGAACUUCCGAGAGACUGGGGAAGAAAUACAGAUCGGCCAUUCAAUGCUCAGAUCGUUUCAGUUCAUACAGGAGAAAUGAGGGAAAUGGACUGGUACCGGAUGGAGUUUCCGAAGGCUGAAGUACUCAUCCUGAAUUUUGCCUCCAAUGAAUACUUCUUGCCUCCUUUCAUGGAUGAUAUGCCUAAGCUUAGAGCACUUAUUAUAAUAAACUACAAUACAACUGAGGCAACGCUUCUGAAUUUCUCUGUUUUCACUAAUCUGACGAAUUUACGGAGCCUAUGGCUUGAAAAGGUGUUGGUUCCUGAAUUGUCCAACACCACUGCUCCAUUGAGGAACAUGAGGAAACUAUCUACGGUUCUCUGUAAGGUUAAUAACAGCUUCAAUCCAUCAGUUCUAGGCCUGCCCCAGAUCUUCCCUCGUCUAACCGAGCUCGUAAUCGAUCAUUGUGAUGAUUUAGUUAAGCUGCCUGUAAGCAUUUGUAAGGUGAAUUCACUUCAAAGUCUCAGCAUAACCAACUGCCACAGGUUAUCUGAAUUGCCUGCUGGUUUCGGCUUGCUGAAGGAACUGCAAAUACUUAGGCUUUAUGCUUGUCUGGAACUUAAGGUCCUCCCUCCGAGCAUAGGCGAGCUAAUCGGGUUAAAAUACCUUGGCAUUUCGCAAUGUGUUAACUUGAGGUCUCUACCCAGAGAAAUUGGUAGAUUAGCAAGCUUGGAAAUAAUAGACAUGAGGGAAUGCCCACAGAUUGUGAAUUUACCAUCGCCAGUCAUGUUGUUGAACUUGAAAUCACUACGCCGAGUUAUAUGCGAUGAUGAAGUUUCUGGGGACUGGAAAAAUGUGAAGAGGGGAAUGCGACACCUUCAUGUUCAAGUUGCAGAGAAAUGGUAUAGUUUGGACUGGCUUCAUGACUGAAACAGCAUAUGAUUUGUAUCUCUGUGUCAAAUAUUAAUAUUAAGUUUAUUUUACUGCCAUAAAAGUCCUCUUGGUGUUAGAUCAUAAUUCAAAUCAAUGGGGAAGUACUGCAACUACUUUCCUUUUCCUUUAAAAGAAGGGUGUGAAGGAGCAGGGCCAGCAAAAUAAAGAGAAAAGAAGCAUAAAAAGGUUCCAUCCUGGAUGAGGAAAAUGCCAUCACCCGAGAUGUGACAGGCGGCUAUUAAAGAUUUAGUGGAAUUCUUCUUGUUGGUGUGCAUGUGGUUCUAAAGUUAGGAGGAUAAGUUAUGUUUUUUUUCUAUUUCAGAGAAAAGGAAAUUUUAUAUCUAAA